AAACUAUUAAAAAAAUAUUUAUACUCCAAACUCAAUGAAACAUUUUAUAUACCCUCUGAACUUAUUCUACCACAUAAAGCUGAAAAUACCUAUCAUGGAUUGAGACGCGUCUCAUUAUGUCGAUUUUAGAUAGGAUAGCAUCUAUCUGGUAGCUAUUGGUGGUUGCUCAAAACCAUUUAAUACUUGGAAUUCGGCUUAUGUUCUGAGAGCUGAAGGGUAUUUAAUUUUCAGAAUAUGAAUACAGAGGCUGAGCAUACACCGUCAUUCAUUUGUUAGGUCUAACCUAAUAAUACGAACUCUGUGGGCCAGUAAGGGCAAGCGGACAACAAGGAACAUGCGGACAAUAAAAACUAUGCAAGUAGAAAUCUUGUACAGAAACGGUCGUAUACAAAUCCUACUAAACAUUAACAACAUGGAAAGCAUAGUAGGUACUAGUUGCGGUACUUUUAACGGGAAAGUGGGUGGUAUUACUCCAUCAGUACUGGUAUUUCUAUUUUUAUUUGCAUCUUCCGUCAAAGCGCAAGAUGGUAAUGAAGUUCAUCCAUUUACCCAACAUGUGAAUUUAGUUAGAUCCCCUAAUCUAGCAGUAGGAGCUUCCAGCUUAUACGCUGGAAAGUACAUUUUCGAUAGAUUGUGUCCGAGUUGUAAUACUGGCCACUUAUAUGUACGUCAAGAAUGUAUCAUUGGACUGGCUGCCGGUCUCAUAUUUUCAAUUUAUGGAUUUUAUCGGAUUGGAGGACUACUUAGAUCUCAAAGUAGGAGCAUAGAUCUGGACUAUCAAGAUAAUACAUUGUUAAGGAAUUUUCUUGGUAAAUCUAAAGUGCUUCUAUCACUACGGGGAGACAGGAUGGGAUUGAAUGCUUUCAUUUUACUUCUUUUGCUAUUCAAGAUUGUAAUAGUUUUGAGGACACACAGUUGAAUAAAAUUAGCUCAAAGUCUUUGGCAAUACUACUACAAGAUCAACUACAUUAUUACGGCGAGAGAAUGUCAUAUGUAUGAACCAAGGGAAUCUGCCCUGGUGUUUCAGACGUUCAAAAAAGACGGCGAUGCUUUCAGGGAUAUUUACGUCAUUGAUGAAGAAACCAAAGAUGCUUAGAGAGCAAUAGUAGUCUUGUCUAAUGACCCUCACGGCAAGGAAAUAUGUUUGAAGUCAUUAGAGGAAGAUUCCUAGUGGGGACGCCAAAUUCUAAGCCUACUGAUUAUGAUUUUUACACCAUCAUCUGAUUUGAGGUGUAUAGUGGUGGUCAUAAUAAAAUAUUAGCUCGGAAGGCAUUCCUAAGUGACGGAUAAUUUUCCGGAAGAUGCUCAGUUUGUCUAUAAUGGUAUAAUACCUGUAGUCUUGUCAAGCUUGAUAAGUUUGUUGUAAAUUGUAUGAGUUAGAUUUGAAAGACUAAAUCAAUUGUAAAAACAUGUACAUAAAACAAGAUAAAGCAAAGAUUCAAGAAUGCAUUCUGAUAGAGCAAAAGGGUACAUGUUGAACUGCCUCCUCAAAUACUAGCAAACACAUUAAAUUAUCAGUAAAUACACGGCUGGCUAUGUACCAUC